CAAAUUUCCCAGAAGAAUGGACUUAUGCAAAUAUUUGGAGAACUUUUAAGAAAUUCAAAAGAGUAUACGACAAUUAUAGUCCAAACAGGAGGAGCAUGAAUGGCAGCAGGUUUGGGUUUGUGAGAUUCCUGGAGGUGAAGGACAAGAAGGAGCUAGAAAGAAAACUGGACCAGAUCUGGAUAGAGAACCGCAAACUAUGGGUGAAUUCCCCAAGAUAUGAUGAGGCGCAGAAGGAGACAAGGGUGCAGGAAAAUAAGCACCAUCCGGAACCGCAAAUUCAGAGAAGGAGCUAUGUUGAGAUGGUGAGAGGCCAACAAGCAAAAAGACAGAAUGAGGAAGGAAUAAACCAGCUUAAUGAAAUCCAAACUGAAGGUCAUAGGCAGAGAAGAAGUAGAUCUAGAGCUGGAAAACAGAGCAACAAUGGCAGACAAGAAAAAUUCUACAUGGAAAGGUAUUUUUCUUGUCGAAUCCGUGCUAUAGGAGGAAAAAUGGUGCUGUUAGAUGGGGAUGACAAAGAAGAAGUAAAAGCACUAGUGGAGAUGGCAUCCGAAUGGUUAGGAAGAUGGUUCGAAGAGUUCACGAAGGAGGAAUUCACCAAUAGUUUUUUCUCAUUGAAGCAAGAUUUCAUGCCCACCUUCCAAAGUGAAUCUAAGGAUUAUGAAUCAUGGUCGCUGGGUAGUGAAAAUGAGGGCUUUAAUUUUGAAAAUAUUGCAGAGAUGAAGCAGGAAAAAGAAAGAUCAGAUGAGGCGGAGAAAGAAGAUGAUGAUGUGGCACACAGUAAAAAAAAGUUUAGUGAAAAGGGCCGUUUGCACUCUGAUCAAGGGGAAGAGAUGACUAUUGAAGUAGUGGUGGACAGCCUGGACCAUGUUCAAAAUUUGAAUUGUGGAAAGACCAAAGCAGCAGGGGAACAAAGGAAGCAGCAGUCGGUGAGUAGUGAAAAGACAGCAAGCCCAGGUGAAGUGGAAAGAAGUAAUCUGGGUCAAAAGAAAAAAUUGUAUAGGAGACUUAAUAGAAGGCCUAAUUCACAAGGAGCCAGCCCAAGCAUUGUGGAGUCCACCAAUAUGGGCUUGGGCCAUAAAAAGCUAAACCCAAGCCUAUUUUUUGAUAAAGAAAUGGAGGAUUCUAGAAUCGGAGAGGUGGAUUUGGCUAAAGACAAAAAGGUUGAAGGAAAGCUGAAAUGGAAGCAUCCUGAAAGUGCAGAAGAACAAAGGAGAGAAGAUGUCUUGGUUCGACCGGACCUUGAAAGUGACGAAGAGCAAAGACAAGAGGGAGACCAAGUUCGGAGGGGUUUCGAGCAUGUAGAGGAAUUCAGCCAAGAAGAGUAUUGGUACCGGGAAGAAGUUGAAGACGAUGAAGAACAGAGGAGAGAAGGAGACUCGAAUCGGUCUGCUCUCAAAAGAGACGAACAACAGAGACAAGAGGGAAUCCGGAUUCGGAAGGGUCUUGAGCAUGCAAAAGAACACAGCCAGGAAGGGGAUGGAAAACAGAGGCAAAACCGAAAGCUAAGGCAAGUGGUGGGAACACAACAGAAAAGGAGGAAGAAAAUUAGUCUCUGUAGCUCGGUUUAUCAAAGGGAGGAAGCUGCUGAGGAGAGAAAGCAAAGAUUAAAUGGUCAUAGGAGAAAGAUCAGGAAAUCAACGAGGGAGAAGCAGAUGCCAGAGUUUCUAAGGAGCCCAGAAGGUGAAGUAGCGGAUAUCUCCAUCGGUGAUAGUGGAAUUCAAAACUGCAACAGGGUGCUGAAAAAACAACUUCAAAAUCAGUUAGCUAAAGAAAUAUGGCAGUUAGCUAAACAACUGGGGGCGACAGCAGAUAACGAUGAUGUGAUUUUGGAAAAAAUUGAAGAAAUGGAAUGUAGAGACAGACAAGCUAAGGAAGUGAAGAUGAACCGGGAAGUAGAUAAUGCACAGAAGAAAGGUAAGGGAAAGGUAAGGGAAAGGGAGGGGUGUAGGAGUUUAACGACGGAAAUGAGGGAGUUUGACAGCUUUAUUCAAGAUGCUGGACUAGUUGAUUUACCUCUGGUGGGGAAAAAAUAUACCAAGUAUAGCUCUAACAGCCAGUGCAUGAGUAGGCUUGAUAGGUUUUUGCUCUCAGAUGAAUGGCUUGCAAAAUGGGGAGAUGUAAAACAGUGGGGUUUGGAACGAUCAGUGUCAGACCACUGCCCUAUACUCCUAAAGAAUGAAAGGGUUGAUUGGGGUCCAAAACCCUUCAAAUUUUUUGAUGCUUGGCUAAAGCAACCCAAGUGCAUGGAGGUGAUUAGAAAGGCGUGGAAUUCCAUAGCACCCAAAGGUUGGAAGGGUUUCCGAUUAAAGGAGAAAUUGAAAAGAGCAAAAAAUGCCCUGAAGGAAUGGAGUGGAAACUACAUGGCCGAUAUUGAUUGUAAAAUAAAGGAAGCAGAAAGGGUAAUAGCUGCAGUGGAUGAGAAAGGGGAAGAUGGCACACUCACGACAGAAGACAUUGAAAUUAGGAAAGGAGGUUUCAUAAAGCUAUGGAGGAAUUUAAGAAUUAAGGAGAGCAUGUGGCAGCAAAAAACAAGAAAGAUGUGGCUGAAAGAGGGGGAUGCAAACACAAAAUUUUUCCACAGUUGUGUGAAAGGCAGAUGGAGACGAAAUGAGAUUAACAGCAUCCAAAUUAAUAAUAAGCAGCUUGGGGGAGUGGAUGAGAUAAGAGAAGAGGUGGCGAGCUACUUUCAAGGUCUAUUCACGGAAGAAAGGUGGCAGAGACCAAGACUAGAUGGCAUUAAUUUUAAUCAACUUUCCCAGACGAACAACGAGUCUCUUACGGCUGUUUUCUCUGAAGAAGAAAUUAAAAACGCAGUUUGGGAUUGUGACUCAACUAAAUCCCCGGGUCUAGAUGGGUUCAACUUCAGAUUCAUAAAGGCUAUGUGGGAGGACAUAAAACAGGAUAUUACCAGUUUUGCUCAGGAAUUCCACAAGAACGGGAAGCUGGUGAAAGGAUCAAACGCUUCAUUCAUUGUGUUGAUCCCAAAAGUUGAAAACCCCCAAAGAAUUGAGGAGUAUAGACCCAUCUCACUCAUUGGGGUGAUGUACAAGAUCAUUGCAAAGCUACUAGGUAAUCGCCUCAGAAAAGUACUUGAUAAGGUCAUCGAGGAGCAACAGAUGGUGUUCAUAGGAGGCAGACAGCUGAUGGAUAGCGUUGUGAUUGCCAAUGAGGUGAUUGAUGAGGCAAAAAGGAAGAAGACAAAGAGCAUUCUGUUCAAAGUCGACUUUGAAAAAGCUUAUGACAAGGUCAGCUGGGAUUACAUCGAGUACAUGUUCGGGAGGAUGGGGUUUCCAGUCAAAUGGAGAAAAUGGAUAAGGGAGCGCUUGCAAUCGAGCAUGAUCUCAAUUCUUCUUAAUGGAAGCCCAACAAGAGAAUUCCAAGUCAGCAAAGGAAUAAGACAAGGUGACCCUCUAUCCCCUUUCUUAUUCCUAAUAGUGACGGAGGGGCUGAAUGCUUUAGUGAAAUCUGCAGUGGUGAAGGAGUUGUAUAAAGGAGUGAAGAUAGGUAAUGGUAGUGUGAUGGUUUCUCAUCUUCAAUAUGCUGACGAUACAAUAUUUUUUGGUGAGGCAACAGAAGAAAAUAUUACUGCUAUCAAAUGCAUCAUGAGGACUUUUGAACUAGUUUCGGGGCUGAAAAUUAACUAUGGAAAAAGUAAGCUGAGGGGUGUCGGGAUUGAGGACAGUUGGAAGAGGAAGAUGGCCUACAGGCUAUGCUGCAAAGAAGGGGAACUUCUUUUCAAGUACUUGGGAAUUCUAAUCGGUGGGAAUCAUAGAAAGCUGGCAAUGCGGCAACCGCUGGUGGAUACUUUUAAAAAGAAACUUGCAAGCUGGAGAGGUAGACACUUAUCUUUCAGAGGUCGAAUUACGCUCAUAAACUCUGUGUUAUCCAGUCUACCUGUGUUCAUGAUGUCAGCCUACCAAAUACCUAAAGGUAUACUCUAUUCUCUCAAUAAAAUUCGUAGAGGUUUUCUAUGGGGAGGGGGGGAAGAGUUAAAAAAAGCCAAUUGGGUUAAAUGGGAGAGGGUUUGUAAUCAAAAGAAGUAUGGAGGACUAGGAGUGAGAGACUUAAGGAAAUUUAAUUUGGCGUUAAUGGGAAAAUGGUGGGGAAGGCUUGCAAAUAUAGAUAAGGCAUUGUGGAAGAGUGUCAUGGAAGGGAAAUAUGGACUGAACGGGGGGCAUUGGCUGGAUUGGGUGCGAGAUGGCAGAAAUAUAGGAUCACUAUGGUGGAGAGACAUACGAAACCUCAAUGUGGGGGAUGGGGCAAUUGGGGGAUGGUUGUCUUCGGGUUUUAGGAUGAAGAUAGGAGAGGGGAAAGAUGGAAGUUUUUGGUGGGAUGAGUGGUGUGGGGAGGUUUGCUUGGCUAACAAAUUUCUUAGAUUAUAUCUCUUAUCAACAGGGAAGGAUAGCAAGUGCCACCAAAUGGGCCAAAACAUCAACGGCACAUGGAAAUGGAUCCUUGAAUGGAGAAGAACUUUGUUCGAGUGGGAAGAGGAGGACGCAAAGGAACUUAAAAGGAUGAUUGAGAAUGUGACAAUCACUCCUAGCCAACCGGACAAAUAGAAAUGGAUUCAUAGCAAUGAUGGUCAUUACUCAACAAAAUCAGCUUACUUGAUGUUAAUAAAACAAAGAAGAGAACCGGAGGAAGCUGAAAUAUUCAAUAGAAUAUGGAGCAAGAU